AGCCCGGAGCCCGCCAUGCGUCUUCAGAGCAGCGAGGUGACCGGCGCGAGGAGCUGCUUCUGACUCACCAUGGAGAGCUACAACAACACCACAGAAAGCCAAGAUUGGAGCGGAAACGCGACGAGUGUCAGCGAAGUUGCUCUGAGUUACCAAAUCAUCGGCUCGCUUUUCCUGGCCGCGUUAAUUCUGUUUGCCAUUUUGGGAAACGCGUGUGUCAUCGCAGCCAUCGCCUUGGAGAGAUCGCUUCAGAAUGUGGCCAACUAUCUCAUCGGCUCCCUGGCCGUUACAGACCUUAUGGUGUCGGUGCUGGUGCUCCCCAUGGCAGCCCUGUAUCAGGUGUUGAACAAAUGGACUUUGGGACAGGAGAUGUGCGAUAUUUUCAUCUCUCUAGACGUGCUGUGCUGCACCUCUUCUAUCCUGCACCUGUGCGCAAUCGCUUUGGAUAGGUACUGGGCCAUCACCGAUCCCAUAGACUACGUGAAUAAAAGGACGCCCAGACGAGCGGCUAUCUUGAUCAGCCUGACUUGGCUAAUAGGAUUUUCCAUUUCCAUUCCGCCCAUGUUGGGUUGGAGGAAACCGGAGGACCGGGCAGAUCCCGACGCGUGCACAAUCAGUCAGGACCACGGGUACACCAUCUACUCAACUUUCGGGGCGUUCUACAUCCCCCUCAUCCUCAUGCUGGUCCUAUACGGGCGGAUAUUCCGAGCGGCGAGGUUUCGCAUAAGGAAAACGGUGAAGAAAACGGAGAAGGCGAAAGUCGCGGAUAAAUGCUUGGCGGUGUCUCCAGCGCUCUUCCCGAGGAAAGCGAACGGAGAGGUGGGCAAAACUUGGAGGCGAAGCGUGGAGCCAUGCGCAAACGGCGCGCUGAAAAACUCGGACGACGGAGAGUCGUUCGAGAUUACAGAAGUUCAAAGCAUCUCCAAAAACCACCUGAGCCUGCCUAACAACCCUCAGCCGUGUUUUGAGAACCGAAAUGAGAAAAGCACGGAAGCGAAGCGCAAAGUGGCUCUGGCCAGAGAGCGCAAAACAGUCAAGACUCUGGGAAUCAUUAUGGGCACGUUUAUUUUCUGCUGGCUGCCCUUCUUCAUCGUGGCGCUUGUUUUGCCUUUUUGUCAGGACUGUUUUAUGCCCGAAUGGUUGGGCGCUGUCAUAAACUGGCUCGGAUACUCCAACUCACUUUUGAAUCCUGUCAUAUAUGCGUACUUCAAUAAAGACUUUCAGAACGCAUUUAAGAAGAUCUUGAAAUGCAAAUGUAUUAGACAGUGAACGAAGCCAAUCAGCGGAUGUGCAGAUAUUGAUUGUUAAAGAUUGCUCUAAAGGCAUUAACAAUAAUGGGACCCAGAGCAGAGCAGAGCAGGACAGUACAGCACAAGAGGAGGUAGCGCUCUGUCCUUGUGUCUUUGUUUAUCUGUGAAGUUUAUCUGCUUCCAUCACAUAACAAUGUGCAUAUACCAUUGGGUGGAUUCAGAUUAGACCAGGACUCUCAGACCAGCUGCGUUCGUGCAUUCAACAAUAAAGCCCUUAAACAAAAAAUGAUUUUGUUUUACUGUACAGGAUGAAAGGCACCUUUCUCCGAGCAAGGAGCUUGUGGUGGGAUUGUAAGCACACAAAGACAGAAGUCCAGCAGAUAAUCUAUGUAGAGAAAAUGUAAUGUGAAAUCAUUUAUCGUCAUUUCUAUUUAUUUUCAGCAGAGAUUUCUUAUAUGACAUGGACUGACUGGAA